GGCUGGUCUCAAACUCCUGGGCUCAAGCAGAUCCUCCCGCCUCAGCUUCCCAAAGUGGUGUGAUUACAGGUGUGAGCCACUGCGCCCAGCCAGUAGCCCCCUCUUUGCCCCUCGCCGAGCCCUACUGGAUGUUCUUGGUUGGGCGACAGUUUCCCCAUCUAUAAAACAGAAACUCCUAUAGCAGAGGAGAGGAUGAGGUUGGAAAAGCAGGAGCACUGUUUUCUAUUCUUGUGGGGUCAGGGAAGCAGACAUCUGGGUGGAUGUUUGGGGAAUGUUGGGCUCAGUUGGGGAAGUAGGGGGGCCCCUGGGGCUGACAGGGACUGGAAGCUCUGAGCCGGCCAGAGGGAUGUUGCAAUCCUGCCAGGGUCUGGUCUACGCUGUCCCUUUCACAACCACCCCCCUACCGCCAGGCUGACACGUGGUUGUGGGGGCACAAGGCCAGCCAACCUAGAGUCUGAGGCUGGGCCGAGGACACCCUCCCCACCAGCUGCCAGGGUCACUGGCGGUCAAAGGCAGCUGGUGGGGAAGGAAUUGGACUCCAGCCUUGGGGGACGGAUGUGGUGAUGGGGGGAAGCAGGCUUGGUGCCAGGAGGGGCCUUGGAGGCCUGAUAAAGGUCCUGCUGGUGGUACAGGACCUCCCAACGGAGCCCUCCAGCAAGGAUUCAGAGUGCCCCUCCGGCCCCGCCAUGAGGCUCUUCCUGUCGCUCCUGGUGGUGGUUCUGUCGAUGGUCUUGAAAGGCCCAACCCCAGCCCAGGGGGUUCCAGACGUCUCCAACCCCUUUGAUGUCCUGGAGGAGUUUGGAAAGACCCUGGAGGACAAUGUUGGGGAAUUCAUCAACCUCAUCACACAGAGUGAACUUCCUGCCAAGACACGGGAUUGGUUUUCAGAGACAUUUCGGAAAGUGAAGGAGAAACUCAGGAUUAACUCAUGAGCACCUGAAGGGUGACAUCCCAGGAGGGGGCUCUGAAAUUUCCCGCACCUCAGCACCUGUGCUGAGGACUCCCUCCAUGUGGCCCCAGGUGCCACCAAUAAAAAGCCUAUAGAAAAUUC